GCGUGUGCAACAUAACAAAUGUGCAUCCUCCAAAACAAUGUUAGAUAACUUUUAGGGCAGUUUUAAAGUAGUUUUAACGGUUAAGCUGAUUCAGUUAAUGUAAAAUAAACUUGAACCGAAGGAUGAUACUACGAUUUGCUUUAACGUGCGCCAGGCUACAAGCAUCGUUUCCCUCAAUCCAAUCGAUUCCCGGUCGCUUUUUGUUGAAGGUGAACCAGCCGGUGUGUCGCAAGGCAACUUUGAACUUCAGUACGGCAACGAAUGGUCUUCGUUCGGGAAGCUCAGCAAUAUCAGGCAGUGGAGGUCGAGCCUAUGAUGUGAACACCAAUUUGGCCAAAGAUGUGAUGCUGUACAAAUACGAGAAUCCACGGUUUUUCAAAAUACUUAACAUAUUCGCUAUAAGCCAAUUUGCGUUCUGGAGUUAUCUGACACACUUUGCUUACACUACGCUUAAGGAUGCCCCGGUUCCAGAAAACCCCGAACCGGACUCGUUGGCAUGGUACGAAAAAAUCAAUCUAGGAGAAAACAAAUACCGCAACGGUAUUGCAAUCAUGUCCUUCGUCGUAGGAUACGGUAUCCUGUUCGCUUCAUGGAUGUUCACCUUGCGUUCGGUGCGUUUCCUAAUUCUCCGCAAGGGUGGCAAUACCGUGAGUGUGGUAACCUACGCUCCAUUCGGCAGAAACCGUAUCAUGGAUGUGCCCCUCAAGUGCAUUUCGGCUCAGGAAUCGAGAGAAGCCGCCCGUGUCACCAUCCCCAUUAAAAUUAAGAACAAAUCUCUGUUCUACGUUGUUGACAAAAAAGGAGAAUUCACUAAUGGACGACUGUUCGAUUACACCGUCGGUGUUAGUAGAAAUUUGAAAUAAAUUGUUAACUGGAAAUUA